AUGAUUAAAUAUGAGGUCCAGACCACAUUCUCUGAGGGGAGAGAGAGAAAUUUAUCAUUCGUUCUCAGAGUCUCUCUACCCUGGCUUUUUAGCGAGGAAGUACCUCAUCUCCGCACUCUCUCAUGCCGGAAGUGCCUCACCUCUGCACCCUCUCAUACAGGAAGUACCUCACCUCCGCACCCCCUCAUACAGGAAGUGCCUCACCUCCGCACCCUCUCAUACAGGAAGUACCUUACCUCCGCACCCCCUCAUACAGGAAGUGCCUCACCACCACACCCCCUCAUACAGGAAGUGCCUCACCUCCGAACCCCCUCAUACAGGAAGUACCUCACCUCCGCACCCUCUCAUACAGGAAGUACCUUACCUCCGCACCCCCUCAUACAGGAAGUGCCUCACCACCACACCCUCUCAUACAGGAAGUACCUCACCUCCGCACCCCCUCAUACAGGAAGUGCCUCACCUCCGCACCCUCUCAUACAGGAAGUGCCUCACCUCCGCACCCUCUCAUACAGGAAGUGCCUCACCACCGCUCCCCUGCAGCCGAAGUGUGUAGGUAAUGACACGAGAACGUGCCUAAAUGUGUUCGUGCCGCACCAGAACACGGCCGCCAUCUUCAGUCUCACACCAGAGAACGCACAGGACCGCUUACACUCUUACUGCUGCUCAGGAGGGUCAUAAGCGCUCCCACGCCCGCCUGUCCUAUUGCUACUUCGUCUUCUUGUCCUGCUCGGUAUCCCUAAAGGCUGCUUCAUACUUUCCGCAUUCUGCGUCCGCGGACAGCUGCGGGCUUGUACCGGUCGCGCGGACGAGCACGCGU